AGUCCAGUGGGACUCCGUGGCCUGCCCCCACACUCGCCGCGCUCAGUCCGUCGGUGCCGCAACGCUGGAGCUCCGUGUAUCAACACAUCGGCCGACUAGGUGGCCCGGCACGCUCGCAGUCCCGUGGACCGACGCUACCCAAGGAAAUCAACGGCGCCGAGAUGAGGACCGCCGCGGACAGCUGAGCUCGCGCGCGCGCGUUCACCUGCACCGGCUCGCUCGCCUCAGAAAUGGCUGGAGACGACGAUGAAGCGAGGACGUGCAAGGCCAACACCGAGUUGGUGCCACUCAAGAUCGUGCUCUUCCUGUGGUACGGAGGUACGGCCUGCUUACUGCCCUUCUUGACGGUGCACAUGCGCCAGCUGGGGCUCAGCGUGGAGGAGACGGCCAUCAUCUACAGCAUCGUGCCGUUCGCCCAGCUUCUGGGGCCGUACGCGGCCACCUUCCUGGGCGACAAGUACGGAAGUUACAAGUGCGCGCUGCUGGGGAGCCUGAUGCUGACGGCGCUGUCCGGAACCAGCCUGCUGCUGGUGCCACAGGCCCUGGGACCCCCCGUACCACCGCCGGCGAUCCACUUGCACUGCGGCCCGUCGCUGCAGCUCGAGGUGGUGGUGGACCACUGCGGCGACGAGCACGGUGCGUGUCCCGAGCCCUCGCCGGGACUGGCGCUGCCCGUUCUGCUCUCGGACUGCAGACCGGAGUGCCCGGACACAGAAUGGCUGCACGCUAUCGACGAGACGGGCAUCUGCUUCACGGAUGACUACGGCAACAAGGAGUGCCACGUGGUGAGCGAGAACGACACGCUGGCACGCAGCACGUCUCUCGGCCUGUACCUGCAGCCUGCCAGGGACCCCGACCUCCUGUGCCUGCACCCGGUGACGGCCAUCACGUGGGAGAGCAGGGUCUUUCACAACGUGUCCUGCCUCAAGCACCUUCCGGACCAGGACCACACCAACUGCUCGCUCAAGUGCACUGUCGAGGACACGGAGGAGGUGGACGCUGUGUCGGCCGCCGACUUUUGGCACGCCGAGUGCACGCCACCCGAGGGCAGUGACCGGCGCAUCACCAUUUCGGUGUACUUCGUGCUGCGCAUCAUAUUUCAGGUGCUUGUCUCCAUCUGCUUCACUCUACUGGACGCCACCACUGUGUCCAUGGUGCACGCGCACGAAGGACGCUUCGCGUGGCAGCGCUUCUGGGCCAUCGUGGGCUCCGUGUUCUGCGCGCCGCUGUCGGGAUUCUUCAUCGACCUCAGCAGCGAGCAUGUCAUCACGGGCUUCGACUACUCGCCCGCUUUCUAUAUGUUCAACGUCUUCACGGUGCUCACGGCGAUCUUCACGUAUGUGCUGGAAAUCCAAGUGGCCACUCCCGGCAAGAACGUCUUCUACAAGGCCCGACGACUCAUGAAGCAGCCGCAAUUCCUUAGCCUCUUUUUGUUUGUGCUGUGCCUCGGAAGUGUCUACGGUUUCCUCGAGUACUUCUUGUUUUGGUAUCUGCUCGACCUAGGCGCUGCCAACUACCUUCUCGGUCUGACGAUAUCUAUUGGCGGGUUCGCCGGCUUCUUGUUUCUCUACGAAACCAAGUGGCUCAUGGACAAAUUGGGCGUCGUGAAUAUCAUCGCCCUCUCCGGGCUAGUUUACUGCGCCAGGCUAGUGGGCUACUCGUACAUCGGCCAGCAUCCGUUGUGGUGCAUCCUCCUGGAAGGACUCGAAGCCAUGACGUUUCACCUUCUGUGGGUCGCCAUUGGCACCUACGGCACACAGAUAGCGCCCAGAGGACUCAAGCCAACAGUGCAGAGCUGCGUCGGCAGCAUCUACUUCGGCCUUGGUCGCAGCACGGGCAGCCUGGUGGGCGGCACCGCCAUGUACUUCCUGGGUGCCGAGACUGCCUUCCGCAUCAUGGGUGGCGUGGCCGCGCUGGCCUCGGCCUCGUACGGCUGCUUUUGCUGCUUGCAACGAUCCGCUACCCGGGCACCGGCGGCGGCGAUGCAGACGCGAGGAAACGCCGGAGACAAGAUAUCUGCGCCGGUCACUGAGAACACACCCGCAUCCUCGGCGACCAACGGCCCAGCGAGGAACGAGGUCGCCGUGGACGCCGACGGAACCGCCGAGUCCAAGGCACCGGGCGAGGGCCGGUUGGAGCCCGAAGGCUCGUAACCAGGAACGUCACUGUGUUUUACGAGUCUGUCGCUGCUCUUGAGGAGCGCUCCGACAAGGCAUCAUUCGGCGGACGAUGGCUCCGACCGGGCAAGCAACUGUUCGCACGUCCUUCCCGGUUGUGCAAAUUAGGACAUUUGAAAAGGCACGUGACGUCAAGUGCAUUUGAGGCCCUCAAGAUGGCAAACACCAAUGGCGCUAUCUUUGGCUCCUCAUAAGCAGAAACGAGUCUAAUGGGAUUCCCUCGGCAGUGGCCAAUGCCGUGUAUGACAAGAGCAAGACUAAACUGACAGUUUCCGGAGAGAGCAGAGACUAACUCGCUUCUGCUCCUCACGACGCUUCGAUUGGCCACGUCCACCGUUUCGUGAUCGUCCAAUGAUAGCAAGCAAACUGUCACUCAAAUUCCCUCGUGAACCAGCAGCGUUACCGGCCUAAGUGGACUUCCGCGAUUCCAAAUGCCUGUCCUCUCAGGAGGACGUGCUCUUAAGCCAAGUGCGUGCCGUGCAAAUUGCGCGCUUUCACAGACACUCAUUGCUCAGGUGCGUAUAUGCACGCAGGAAUGCUACUUGCAGUAUCCGUGACGUUUGGUAUGAGAAUCAGAAGCCAAGAUGCCGCCGAGCCUGAACAUCGCGUUGUCUUAGACAAAGGACAAGAAAGGUUCAUGCUUUGCUUGUUCGCAUUCAGCAUCUUCAGGUAGUUCCCGAGUUUCUCGAGAGAUAUUGAAUGAAGCGCACUGAACUGUGUAAGAUCGCGCCAUCGUGCCCGAGCAACUCGUAUUUCGUUAAGGAUUGUGAGAAUGCACUGCGCACGAGAAUGGGGAGCACCAUUGUUCUGAAGACGAGCUCUCUUGCCACCAUGGCGUUGCAGCGACCGUGUGUGCUACUAACGAAGCUAGAUGUGACCAAAGACGGAUGUGCCGAUUUGUGGGUUAAAGCACUCACGGCGAGUAGCUUGUGAUAAUGGCAUUUCGAUUGCGUUCAGGUAAGGACACACAGGAUAUCCAGUAAAUGGUGACUUCUA